AUGACCUCUCAGAUCUCCAACGGCGUUUACCUUCGCUCUACUAUCAAUGCUACGCCUGCAACUGAUCCUCAGGUCCUGGCCGCCUUCAGCUCGGAUAUCAUCCCGCUAGGUCACACGCAGCCCGAUGCCGCUACCCUGGUCGCCGCAUAUGAUCACUUCAUUGCACACGAGAUUGAUCCCAGCGAGUCCAAGACGCGCAUCUAUCUGCGUGGCAAGGCGGUCAUCAAUGGCACCGCCAAGGAAGUCGAGACCCAGGUCUCGCUCAGGGCAAUCCCUAACGAGCUCAUCCUGUGGCCUCAGGCUUGGGAGAACGCAGCUCAGAUUGGUCAGGCCACGCUGAGCGCGUCCAAGGACGGAGAAGUCGUUGUGACCAACACGCCUAUCGCGUACAACCCGAGUCAAGGUCUGGGUCGUCACGACACUCUGAUCGCUGAGUGCACUACCGGAGUCGCCAAAGCAGCGGGAACACUUGCGCAGCAGGUUCACAACUGGCGUGACCUUGUGAAGCUUGUGGGCGAGGAUCCGACGUUAGCCACGUACAACGUGGUCUUCGCCGACCCGUGCUCGACGAAUGUCAGCUUGACCACAAGGCUCAGGCUCUUUGAGAACCAGGCUACUUCGGUCCACAUGGCCUUCGGAAUUGAGGCCAUCGGUACUCCGGCCAGCGAUAUCGACGUCUCUCUGGUCGGUUUCGGCGCCACGACUGGAUCCAAGCCAUUCACGUUUGGGUUGUCCCGCACCAACAUUCUCCCUUCCAAGUUGCUCACCACCCCUGCCAUUCUGCCUAAGGACUUCGACGGUACGGUAACCUUGAACGUCUUCAACGACAAGAAGCAGACGUUCGGCGACUACUCUUCCGUUUCCGUUAUCGCGUACGCUGUUACGGCGGUCAGCGGGAAGGAGACGUAUACCACGCUGGGUGCUGAGCACAUUGUUUUCCACUCGGACACGCGCGUGAAGAAGGUUUUGAAUAAGUUCGCUCGCAUCCGUCAGGCUGCUGUAGCGACCAAUCCAGCUACCGCUCCUGCCUUUUAUUUCAGAGACCAGGUGACCGAUGGGGAUCAGUUCCCGCGAAACGGAACAUACUACUUCUCACCUGACAUUCAGCCCUGGGGCACGUUGCCGGAUGCCAACGUACAGUCUGAUCUAGGUCCGGCCAACUACAGGGUUGAUGUGUCUGAUAAACGAAACGUUUCUUUGGUUGCUAAUCUCUCCAACUACAUCUAUCUGCGCGGCACUACUACCGUCCCGGCUUCUGGCUCUGUGCGGCUGUUUGCUAUACCCUCUUCAGUGCUCUUGCAUCCGUCGCAGUACAGCACGCAGGGAUGUAUCAUCUACGACCAUACGUCUGGGGGAGACCCCAAGGUUGCGAUUCGGAAUUACAACACAACCUCGCCCGAGGCUCCUGUUCUCUUCACGGAGCCAUUCAACUUCUCCGACCCCCCGCCGCCUCCCGGAGGGGACCACUACUGUCUCAUUGCCGAGUGUAGGCCAGAUGGGCUCGAUGCUAAUGGCUACUCCUAUGAGUGGCCCCACCAGGAAACUGGGGACUUCGCUACGGCUGCAGAGUAUGCUGCUUGGAUCCGGAGCAACCCAUGCGUGUGCCAGCGCAACAUGUGCUACAUCAGCAACCCGAAUGCGCCGUCCCAGGUCUUCUACACGAGCUUCACCAUUCCGGCAUCGUUCAGUGCCUCCGACGUCUGGAUAUUCCAGGUUCAGGCCCUCAAUUGCCCAUCAGGAUCCUACAUCGAAAUGGAUUCCAGCGAUGCAGAUAUCAAGAUCGGGAAGUUGACUAUCACCGGCUCUGACCAGACUGCGGGUGCAGAGUUUACUGGGAAGGCUCCCGGCUUCACCUGUCAGGUGGUCAUCCGCUGGUACGCCAACGGGACACAGGUUCAGAACGGACAGCAGAUCUCUGGUAAUCUCGCACUCCAGACGAUGAUGACGUCGAUGAUGGGCGACGAGUUUUUCAGGCGCCGCAACACCGGGAAACCGAGCGCCCCCUCUGUGCGCACUGUCACGCACGACUACCCGAAUGUCAAGAUCCCCGACGAGGACAACACUGGCGAGAAGCAGCCGCCCAAGAUUGGCGGAGCGCACCCUCGCCGUGUUUUGGGCGAGAAAUACAGACUCAAUGAGGUAAUUUACAUCGAUUAUAUCAUAGGGGCAGACGCUAUGGGCUACAAUAUCGGAUCGGCUUGA